UCCUUUGCCUCAUCUGUUGCAAAGCUGCAGGAGAGAGAGCGCUGCAAACGUACAUCCCGCAGCCCGAGACAGAGAGGACUCUGUUGCCACUUAUUCCGCGGAGGAAUGAGCUGAAAGAAACUAAUGCCUUCUCUGUGUUUCCCCUGGAUUACAUCUACGGAUUUUACGCAUCUGGAAGUGGCUGUUUUGUGCGUGAAAACAAACGUUACAGGUCCAUGACGGAAAGGCGGAACCAGCGCGUUCAUGUCUUUUAAUUACAUUUUGUGCUGCGGAGGUUUCCGGCUGUUUUAAGCCGUUCGUUGAGCGCCGUAGGCAGAAACGAGCACUGUUACGACAGGGAGACGCGCCGCGGUGAUCGGAGUCAAAGGGAGCUGUGGAGACUGGAAACAUGAGAUUGAUUGUCAUCUCUGCGGUUCUGCUGUUGAAAGUUACUCUUGGAAAGGGUUGUGCUAGUGGGAAGUACACCGAGUCGGGACAUUGUUGCAAUUUGUGUCCAGCUGGUUAUGCAUUGGAGGAAACGUGUGGAAAGGAAAAUACCAAAUGUCUACCAUGUCUGCCAGGAACAUUUUCACCAUCCGAAGGCCUCGACUCUUGCCUUCCAUGUAGCACCUGUCCGUCUGGUGUGCCCAUGCUGGCGUCCUGUUCGGCAACCCAGGACACGCAAUGCGAGUGUGACGUUGGCUUCUACUUUCUGAGAGGCUUAGGUCUAUGCGCACCCUGUUCCAGGUGCAGGCCAGGUCACGGGGUUGUCCGGGAGUGCGGUCCUCAAGGAGACACGCUUUGCCAGAAGUGUGGCCCGGGAACCUUCUCAGAGGAGGAUUUCAACAUCAAACCCUGCCAGGCUUGCAGUCAGUGCUCUGAUGAAGAAGUGGAGAUCCAAUCCUGUAUGCACAACUUUGACACACUCUGCAUGGAUAAGAAGCUGCACAUUGGCCCUGCUGGUGCCGAUGGGGCCUUGAAUAUUCCUAAUGGGGCGGUGAUGGAGGAAAAUGAGGAGGAAGACGGCAGCCCCGCACCAGGACCGUCCAAGUUUACACCGCAGGAUGAGGGUGGCAGCAACAACAUUCUCGUCUACGUGUCUGUUCUGGCUGCUGUGGUGCUGGGCUUGUUGGUUUAUGUGGCUUAUAAAUGUUGGAGGUCGUGCAAACAGAAGAAGGCCCUCUCCAAGGCACGUGUGGCAGAGCUGGCAGCAUCUCCAGAAGGAGAAAAGCUCCAAAGUGACAGCGGUGUUUUUCUGGACUCUUACAGCCUGCAGGACAACCAGCCCAGUAAAGGUACCAAGAGAGACAGCAAGCUCGACAACCGUCUGUACGUCAACUUGCCGCCGCACAAACAGGAGGAGGUGGAGCGCCUCCUGCAAGAGGCAAGCGGCCGUGGAUGGAGGCACCUUGGUGCAGCGCUGGGCUACGAACCGGAACAGCUGGACCUGUUCGGACGCGGCGAGGCCCCGGCGCACACGCUCCUGUCUAACUGGGCCCAGAGAGAGGGCUCCGCUCUGGGACUGCUGAGCUCGGCGCUGAACCGCAUCGAGAGACCCGAUGUGGUGACCGCCCUUAACAGCACACAGCAGGGUGUUUCUGUGGUGUGACCAACUGGCCGGACCCUCUAGCGACAAUCACAGACUCAAGUGAGGGAUAAGUGAGGCGCUCAGCUUUCAGCUCUUCUUUAUGGUUGAAGGAAUCAUUCUUAAAUUACUUUGUUUAUAGACCUUUUUUUCACUAAAAUACCACCAAUACUCUAAAAAUGUAUUACUUGUGGCUUAUUUGAGCUGUUUGAAAGAUUGUGAUGCCGUAUGGUAACCGAUUUGUCUGUCUGGCAGUGCAGGGAUUAUUGGACUGAAUAUACAGAGCCGUACAAAGUAUUUCCCCUGGAAGAUUUCUAGUGGGGGUUUUUUGUUGUUUUUUACGUCAUAUUUGCAUGUUUCGGAUCACAAAGAAAAUGUUUAUAUCAGAGAAUGGCAACCUAAGGAACUACAAGAAGCCCUUUUAAAAAGAUGACUUUCUUAAUUAAGAGGAAAUAUUUUAAUCUCAC